UAGCUUUACUUGUCACAUUAUUGACCUCAUAUUCACCUACCGACCUACCUGUUAUUAAUUAAAAUAUUAAAACACAAAUACUAGAUCUUCUUCCACUUGACCAAAUCGAGCACCACUUACUGAAACCAGAACCAAAAAAACCAAGACAGGAAAAAAAAGGGAGAGAGAGAGAGAGAUAGGGAUUUCAGAAAUAUGGAUGAUCAUGGAAAUGAUGAAAUCAGGAACUUCAUCAAGGUAUGGAUCAAAGCCGUUGCAUGUAUAUGUUACUGUUACUACAUAUCAGCAAGAAUCCCAAAAGGAAUUAUGAGAUUCAUCUCUCUCUUCCCAAUCUUCUACCUCUUCACAAUCCUCCCUUUAGAUCUUCAUUCUUUCCAUCUUGGUGCACCCACUACUUUCUUCCUCGUUUGGCUUGGAAAUUUCAAGCUCAUCCUCUUCUCCUUAGAUGAAGGACCUUUAUAUCCACCACCACCAAAUCUUUUCCAUUUCAUAUCCAUAGCUUCCCUCCCCAUCAAAAUCAAACAAAAACAAAACCCAUCUCACCAAACCACCCAAAAAUCAAACAGACCAAUUUUAUUCACAAUCAAGGCCUUGAUUUUAGCCAUUGUUAUUCAAAUGUACGAGUAUAGACCAUAUCUGCACCCAGUUAUAACCUUCUCUUUAUACUGUCUAAAUAUGUACCUUGGUCUAGAAAUUGUGCUAGCUCUUGUUGCAAUCCCGGUUCGAGCCAUUUUUGGUUUCGAGCUCGAACCUCAAUUUAAUGAACCGUACCUUUCCACAUCACUUCAAGAUUUUUGGGGGCGUAGGUGGAACCUCAUGGUAACGGGUAUACUUCGGCCCACCGUAUACUUCCCCGUACGCCGUAUGUUUACCGUUACGGUUGUUGGGCCGCGGUGGGCUUGGUUGCCAGGUCUAUUGGCGGUUUUCUUGGUGUCCGGUUUGAUGCAUGAGGUGGUUUACUAUUACUUUACUCGGGCAAAUCCCACGUGGGAGGUCACGUGGUUCUUUGUUCUCCAAGGGAUGUGUACGGCGGCGGAGAUAGUAGUGAAGAAGGCGGUGGUGGAUCACAGGUGGCGGUUGCAUAGGUUGGUUUCUGGGGCGUUGACUUUGGGGUUCUUGGCGGUGACCGGAGAUUGGCUGUUUUUUCCUCAGCUGUUGAGAAAUGGUGUGCAUGAGAAGGGUAUAAAGGAGUAUGCUCUUUUGUUCGACUUUGUCAAGGCCAAUUUACCACCCACUUACAUUCAUUUGUCCCCACAAAAAUCUAAGCUAAUUUGAUUUUAAUUUUGGUUGUUUAUGCGCAUUGGGUUUGUAAUAUUCUUAUUUUUUUCAAAUAAUAAUGUUAAAUUUACUAAAAUUCUUCUUGUAAAUUGAGUUUUGUUAUUUAUCAUAAGAGUCUUGUUAUUUUAUUA